AUGAAGCCGCACAAGAGAAGCAUCCGUGACUUCUUCUCCCCUGCCCCGCCGCAAACAAAUAUACACCCCCCCGCACCAUCGCAGACAGCGCCAGUCCCACCCACCACCAGCAGGCGCAUUACCUCCAAUGGCACAGAGGUCGUGCUCAAUUCAGACUCCGAUGAUGACUCCCUCCCCGAUCUCGACUUUGGCGUCACUGCCCCAAAGCCCAACCCCCCAAAGACGGCCACAAUCACCACCCGAUACAAGCGCACCUCCGACAACGAUGAAGACGGACUACGCAUACCCACCAAGAAGGCCAGGGACGAUAAGAAGAAGUUCGACACCCUAGUACAGACGGCCCAGAAGAAUCUCGAGACUGAGCGCAAGAUCCAGGAGCACAAAGCCGUGCUCAACAAGGCUGUGGAAGAGCCAGUGACUAUGCGAAUCACCAUCAACGAGGAAACACUCGGUCAGGCCGUGCAAGAUGACGACGAUGACCCGCACAAAGCCCAUCGGCUCCUCCAAGCCAUGCAAAGAACAAACGCUACGCAAAUGGAAACUGUCUUUUACUUUUUUGAACAUGACGUAGACACGAUCCCUAUGCAGACCAAGUUUCCCAUCAAUGUCCUUCCCCAGCAUCGCUGGGCUUCAAACUUCCAGCGGCCCGACACCAGAGACCAGGCAUUCAUGACCGGCUUUGCACAGCACGUGUUCCGUAUCCAAGAGCUUCCCAAAGAGUUGGCCUCAUGGAUGAUUGAUCAAAUUUGCUAUAACCAAAAUGAGGCGCUUAAUUGCAAGUACCUUGAAAUCCUCGAGGCUCACCAUGCCCAUCUCCAUGACCUGCUCGACUCACAAAGACUCGACGCUAUAUUCAAAAGCAUAGGCACCAACAUCACACAACUCGAGUCGAAUACUCAGCUGCUUCCGCAAUCUGUCCCGCAAUCUGAAAUCAAAACGUUUAUUCCGCCAUUUUUGAAACCAAUCACUAGACUGCUUACUCGAGCCGCGCCAUGGUUGAAAACAGCCACUCGCAGCCAUGCAUUAUAUCUACUAUGUCACGUAUGCUUGGAUACCCGUGUUACCGCAGACUUUGACGUUCUGUAUGCUGUACAAGACUCCAUGGAAGCCAUUAUUUGCAAUUUCACCGACAACAACAAGCUAAUAUCAGGCGUAGGAGGCCCUCCUCCACAAGACGAUGUACCCUUUCUAAUCGCCUCCCAGCUCAACACAAUCAUGCCCCAGCUACUGACCAAAAUCACCCAUCCUGUAUUACAGAGAAACUUGACCUGCGCCCUUCCAGCAAAGUGCCCAUUGACCGCAUACCUCCAGCGCCAUCUGGCUCUCUCGUUCCUGCUUCACCCGACACCAGUCAGCACGUCUCUUGCAGAUCAUACGGCACAUAACCUUGUACUUGACCACGUUGCAAAUUCACCCGACUUCUUCAUAAAUAAGAGUACUGACUAUGGCCGCCUCGCCGCCCGGCUGGCCCUUCUCGAUAUCGCCAUUGGACCAGGGCUCCUGGCUGUGCCGUACCAGCCGUUGUCAAGUUCAGCACCGUCCGAAGCAGGCUCUUCCCCAAUUCAAGCUCCAGUGCCGGCUUCAUCAGAGGUUAGGCAGUUUAACGAGCAGAUCGAUGCACUUGCGCAGCAGAUCAAGCUUCUAGGCAAUUCUAUUGUCGAAGCUGGCGCGGUGGUGGACAUUGCGAUUCUAGAAACCAAAAACUCUGUAGAGCGAAUGUGCGCACGAUUGGAACAUGCGUCGCGAAUAGGCGGCAAGAAGAUUCACGACGUUUUUGGGAAUGACGAGGAAGACAGCCAGCUCCGGCUCAGCAAGUUCUUCAAAAAGACACACAAGCCAUCACCAUCUGCACCCUCGCGCGGCAUCUUCAAGCAGAAUGAAGAAUCUGAUCUUGACUUGGUCGAUGCUGCGCAGACUUGA